GAAUUUGCUCCCAUGUAUGUGUAAUACACGUACAUAGGUUUACAUAAACCACGCGUUUGGAUAAUCACGUUGGUGUAUGCUGUGGAAUUCUCUUGAUUGAUUACAAAUUGCAACAUUGUGCAUAAAAGGAGUUGUUCAAACAUGUUAAAUUUGUGACGGGAGGUGUUAAGAAAGUUAUACAUGAAUCCAACUUAAUUAGCACUUGGUUUGUUUGACACUUCAAAAAACGUGUGAACGGUGUCAUUGUGAAACAAUAAGCUGUGCAAAAAAUGUCAUAAAAUAUUAUCUCACGACAUAAGUGUCAAAUAUAUGAUCAUCAGCAUUGUUACUUUGUAUUAUUUUCAUGUUGUGGAUGAAACUUAUAAAGUUACGACCGGUAUGAUGUUCAAGUUACAACAAUUGUUAAAGGAAGUUUGUUUGAACACUAAAAGAAUUCUACUCACAUUCCUUUCCUAAAAUAGUCCCGAAAGACGGUUCGAUAUGACCGGAUUGGGAGAAAAUAAUAUUACGGCACGUGUGAACUAAUUGCCAGUUUAUUUCAUAUCGUAAAAUAAUUAAGUGAAGAAGCCUCGAAAAGCAGCCAGUUACGCAUAUUUAUAUAAAAUAGCCAUCAUCAUGGGGCGUUGGAGUGGAUUGAGUGGUUUGAUUGAUUUUCAUUUCGAGCAUGGUCACAGUGGUGGCUGUGGAAGUGGAAAGUCUGUAAAUGUGACCACAAGAUACCACAAAUUGGAUGACUCGAUCUUCGUCCUUUGUCGGAACUGUGGCCAUUCAAGCAAGAAAGAGGAAGUAAAGAAGAUUGGUGACGGGACUGGGGUGAGACUGGGUAGAAACCCCAAACAAUUUUUGACAUGGUCUGCAACCGCUGCAAACAAUAGGCUUCAAAGGAUGAGCAAAACUUUGGCGAACAACAUCACCCGGCUCCAAAUGAAAAUGGAGAAAGCAAUUCCAUUCCAACCAGGGGUCGGAGGAAGUAGUGGAGAGUACUGUAGCAAGUCUUGUGAAAACGGAAAACUCGAGAAUUUCGAGUCCUGUGGUGGUGGUGUUUAUGGGGGUCGAAAUUUGAACGACAAGGAUGAAAAUAAGAGAACUUCUCCGGAUGUUGUCGUUAAUAUGUCAACAAAACUAGUGAACACCACAGGAGUCACCCCUCCAAGUUGGAAUGCUAGUUAUUGUGGCAGUGAUUCAAAUGAUGUGAAAUUUAUAAACAAAAUGGUGAAACAACUCGGAGAAAUCGGAAGAUAUCAAUAUGACACUCGCAUCCAAAGUGCUAGGAUCGUGCAGAGUCAUCCCAGCGUCUCUCAAAUUCAUAGUCACGGCAGUGUCGCCAAUCCGGAUAAAAUUAUCCAGAUAAAUGUUGAAAGCUAUCAUGCCUACUCAUGUGAAGAAAUCGACAAGACCAAAGUGACGAGUGACAACGACUGUAAUAAUGUUGAUAAAAGUGAGUCCGUAGCAGAUGAAAUUCACAAAAAAAUAGAUAAAAUCCUGGACAUGCGACCACCUCAUCAUCUGGAGGACUUGUUUUACGACAGUGGGACUGGAAGUGCCAACACGAGUAUAAGUGGCAGCUCUUUGUCAUCCCCUACUGUCAGCGACUCAUCACCUGCCAACAACAGCAGUGUAGUCCCUUGGAAUCGUGCAACCGAGGAGAGUUCGUCUUCAAGUCAUAAUUUAAAUUCCUUCUCGCCAUUCGUCAUUAGUCAGAAGCUUGAACACGACAGCAGCAACAAAAGUGACUUCAUGAGUAAUCCAGGGUCUGUAAAGAAGGUGAACAACAGCAAUGCGUCUCGUUCUGUGACUACUGAAAAGGACGGUCCAUUACUAACACCACUCGAUUACAAUAACUCUACAAACUCUGGAGUCUCCUCACUCCUAGACUCAACGGAUGAGAGAAGCCUCCUCCUUGAAAACAGGAACAAAUCAAGUCAUAACAAACGCGGAUUGAGAAACAAUGGAAGCAAAAAUGUGGAAAUUUGUAAUCAUAAAAAUGCGGUGGAGAGUAGCAAACCGGAGAACAAUUUGGACACCAGCAAGUCGAAUUUGUUAAGACUAAAAUCCCUCAACUUUGACUCAUAUCCACCUUCAUCGAAACUUGCCAUCACGAUUUUUGAGAAGGAAGGCGAACUACGGCAUGCACUUUGGUUUCAAGCUGGAAUCCCAAGAGAAAUUGCUUUGGAAAUACUGAGAAAUGAGCCAAUUGGGUGUUUCAUUGUCCGAGAAUCGACCACUAAACCCGGAUGUUUCGCCCUAUCGCUAAGGGUGCCCAAGGAAUACCAGCCAUGCGGAAUUGCUCAUUAUCUAAUUCUCAAGUCUAGUCGGGGGUACAAAAUCAAGGGUUUCACAAAGGAAUUUCCAACUCUGACCGCCGUCGUUCACCAUCACUCCAUCCUGAAAGAGCUGUUGCCCGUCCCUUUGUCGGGGGUGGGGGGACAAGUGAAGAGCCUCCGGGUGAGCAGAGCAAAUUCCACCGAUUUCAUGGAACCUGAGAAACUCUUCAUUGGAAAGUACACUGACUUCUAGUUGCAGCAUGUUACAUGUUAUCUCCAAUCAGGAUACUCAGGAUUCGCCGACGCGACAUUUAUGACUUCCUACUAAUAAUUUCUAUUUUAGUAUGUGAUUUUAUUUCUCCGUCAAUUGUUAAAAUAUUAAUUCGUAAACGAUCGAGAUUUGUUUUGUCCCUAAUUUUAUUUAUUAAUAUGCUUUAACCUGACGUGUGCGAAGACAGGUCUUCUGAUUCCGAUUAAUAUAUUGCUAACUAAUAGAUGUUAAUACGAAUGAUUUGUAUGUGUUAACUAGUCCUAUACAAUUGAAGCAUGCAGAGCGUAAGAUUAAAAGAAAUAUGCUAUACA